AUGGAAAUCCACCUUUUGUACAGAUGCAACAUUGACCAUGCGUACUAUCAACAUAGACUGUGUAAAAAGUCUCAAAAGUUACCAGUGCUGUGUGGACUUGAUUUCUUGGUGCUGACAAGACCUCUUGUGAUCAAAGAAAUGGCUCCAGCUAUUAACCGCAGAAGAAUUGCAGCUGCUCUCCUUUUAUCAAGAAGAAGACAAAGACGAAUAACACGCUCUUGGUGGGUGCAUCCACUGAAUCAGAGAAGAGCAUCACAUGGGGCAUUUUACCACCUUGUGGCAGAGCUGCAACUGUUUCCUGACAGAUACCACUCUUAUUUUCGAAUGUCUGUUGCGAAGAUGGAGGAGCUCCUGUCCAUUGUUGGACCUGAAAUACAAAUGUGUGACACCAAUUACAGAGACAGCAUUGAUGCCAAGCAGAGGCUCGCCGUGACUAUCAGGUUCUUAGCAACGCGCUGUGCCUCGCGCGUGGUAUGCGCGGACAGUGUGGCCAACUGGCCACUUCCAAUCCGCUUCAAUUAG